AUGACGUCCUCAGUCGACAUGUCCAACGUGGUCUUGAUAAUCAAGACCAUGACAAACGCGCAAAUGAAGGAAGCUUUGAGAAGUGAGGGGCUUGCUGUUUCUGGUGUGAAAAUUUCACUUCAGUUGCGUCUCAUUGAGUAUAUUGAGAGGCUGCAUCAACGUGGCUCUAUCGACAAUUAUGAACGUAUUGCAAGGACAAUUUACACCAUAGCUGGAAUUCAGAAUCAGUUCCCUGGUUCUACGAGCACAGAUACGACAACAUACCCUACCCAGCCAUCUUACGUCCCCUCGAGACCCACGACGUCCAAAGACGUCUACAACUCAAAAAUGCCUUCACAACCAUUCGCGAGUGGUCGCCUCAUGUUCAAAGAAAGUCCAUUCUACAAGAUUCUUGAACCGCUGUCCUCAACAGUGGAAUGCAAAGUCCGAGAACAAACCAGAGACACCGUCGAGCUCAAGUUCACACUCUCGUCCACCACUGCGCAGAGGCUUCAAGAAGACCCCAACUUGCGCGUUAUGGUCUUUUGCGCGGCUGAUUCUGGCCUCAAUCAAUUCUCCAAAUCUGACAUCGCCUUUCCAUAUCAAGUCGAGUUGAAAGCCAAUCUAGAUGAUGUCAAGGCGAAUCUACGAGGUCUCAAAAAUCGACCGGGUUCGACAAGGCCUGCGGAUAUUACGAGCUAUAUUCGAAAAAGGGCGGGGUAUACAAACUUGGUUGCCAUGACAUUCGCAUUGACUCAAAAGAAAUUCUAUGUUGUUGUCAAUCUCGUGAAGAGACACCCCGUUGAAGAAUUAGUUGCAGCACUAAAGUCAAGAUAUAAGAUUACGAGAGACCAAGUGCUACGUGAAAUGCAGAGUCGAGCGCACGAUGCAGACAUUGUCGCCACAUCUACGGUCAUGUCGCUGAAAUGCCCUUUAUCUACUCUACGAAUUGAAAUUCCUUGCCGAUCAAUAAGCUGCACGCACAACCAGUGCUUUGAUGCGUCGUCGUUUCUUCAAUUACAAGAGCAAGCGCCCACUUGGACUUGUCCAGUGUGUAAUAAAUCUACAAGCUUCGAGUCUUUGCAGAUUGACCAGUACGUUGAGGACAUAUUGCACACUACAUCCACAGACGUGGAGCAAGUAACCAUCGAACCAAACGGCGUCUGGCACACCGAUAAAAAAGAAGAGCCCGAACCACGCGGUGGCCUAGCAAGCCCAGAUUCUGACGACGACUUUGUCGAAAUCACAGAUCUCUUUACACCAAAACUGAAACGAGAAACAACCUCUUCAGAACCCCGUGCAACUCUACUCGCAACCCCAGUCACUGCCACACAGAACGGCUCAAAGGGGGCCACACCUAGCAUACCCCGAUCCAGCCAGAAGAGGCCAGCGCCGCAAGUCGUUGAUUUGACUCUUAGUGACGAUGACGAUGAUGAUGAUUUACCCGUUCGACCACCGAAACGCCAGGCGCUUGCUAGUGACUUUGUGCCUCGACGUGGAUCUCAGAAUUCAUUCACCAAUGGCUACGCUCAUGUCGAAGAUUUGAGGUCGUCAACUGGUCAGGAAUCGCUUUCCCUUUCACCGGGGCGACAGUCGAAUCUCUACAUUGAUCUGUAA